AUGGAGGUAUGAUUACGACUAACUUUAACUGUCCAAAUCCAGCAUGGUAACAAUGAGACUGGUGCAGUGACACACCUUUCCCGCAUUGAUUGAAUUAUACUGCAGAGCUGGUUUGCAUGGAGUGAACAUGAUGUCCUUACAGGUCUUCAGGGACUCUGUCGGUCUGACUGCUGACUGAGUCAGAAUGAAAGUUGGUUUCUCUGUUCCAGCUGGUGUCCGUCACCGUCCUCUUCCUCUUGGCUCCUCAGCUGAUCAGCAGUCAGCUCCUCCUGCCACUCGACUGUAGUGACAUCUAUAAUAAUGACAGCAGCCUGUCCAGUGGAGUGUACACCAUCUAUCCUAUAGGAUCCACGUCUGCUGUCCAGGUAAGCUUUUUUUCUGCAGUCGAGGUGCUGACACAGGUCACUUUGUUUGGUAUCAUGGGUUUACUUGUCUGUGUGUGUUUAGGUGUACUGUGACAUGGACUCAGAGGGAGGACGCUGGACGGUGAGAAUUUAACCAAAAUAGUGAUGUCAGUUGUCUCAUGUGUCAGCUGACUGACCUCCACCUUGUUCCUCAGGUGUUCCAGAGGAGGAUGGAUGGCUCUGUGAACUUCUACAGACCCUGGGAUCACUACAAGAUUGGCUUUGGGACUGCUGCUGGAGAGUACUGGCUCGGUGAGAAAGGACACUAGGACACCAUGUGAACGUUUAUGAAGUCUCGUAGAUAUGGUGCUGAAGGUUUCUUGAUGUAUUUGGUCCCUCUGAGGUCUGGAGAAUGUCUUCCACCUGACUCUGAGGAAAAAGUACGAGCUGCUGGUGGAUAUGGAGGACUUCAGUGGAAACAAAGUGUUUGCUCGUUACUCUUCCUUUUCCAUCGACCCAGAGACCUAUGGAUACAGACUGCAAGUAUCUGGGUUCAUAGAUGGAGGGGCAGGUCAGUCCAGGUCUGUUUUGUUGAUACAAUCACCUUCACAGAUGGUAGUUGAGGAUCAGGUGAACAGCCAUGCUAAUGACUGAGAAAAUGUGCAAAAUUUGAGCAUAAUGUUACUAGAGUUAUGUUUCUAUAGGAGACUCCCUGAGGGUUCACAACGGACAGAAGUUCUCCACCUUCGACAAAGACCAGGACACCUGGCCCAACAACUGCGCCAAACAAUUUUUGGGGGCAUUCUGGUACAUCAAUUGUCUUGAUGCAAAUCCAAACGGGGUUUAUCGCUGGGGGGCUGAUGCCACUCUCAAUGCUGUUGGAGUGGAGUGGGAAACGUGGAAAGGCAACAACUACUCUCUGAAGAGCAUCAGCAUGAAGAUCCGUCCUGUGCAGUAGUUAUCCAGGCUGAACCAAACCUGUGGUUGAUCAGCCUUGAAUCACUUCUGACCUCCAGAGGGAAAAAUAAAAAAGCUCUAAGAUUGUGUGAAAGCAGUUGCAAGAGGAGACCAAAACCAUGGUCAAUGGGUUUCUAAAAAGAGGUUCUGUUGGAUUUUGAAACCCUGAUGUGAUAAUAAAUGAGCAGCUGAACAAAGUCUGUACUGUGUCCACUGUCUUUAUCUGAUGAACCAAAUCUAUUACAACUCUUGGCCGUUUCAUAUCCUGUUUCUGUAAAAUUUAGAAACAGGUGUACGGGUUCUGGAACAAUAUAAGGUGCUUUUUGACUGCAGGAACUUUUCCCCAGGAAGUAGGGACCUUCGGAGAAACUCUGGGUUUCCACAGAAAGAACAAGAGUCCAAAGUUUACAGUAUCUUGCAAUCCAGUGACACACCCAGAGACUCGAGGACACAUGGUUUUCAGAUUGGUCAGUUAAAUGUGAAACAGCAGCCAGUCAGUUAUUGAUUAAUAUUCAACACAGAUAAUCAAAUGAAUAAAUACAGCUCACUAAAGUUCAGACACAUCAGAGGGUUCAGAUUCUGGUCCUGAGCUUCGUCAGCCAUCAUCAAACAGAUCAGAGCAUUUAAACUCGUUGUUGGGUUACUUGCAUGAACAAUUGUAAUAUCAAACACAUUAGCUCCUUCCCUCAAAUAUAAGUUGUUUAACUUAAGACUAAUGUUAGCCUGAUAAAUAUAAAAACUCAGACUCUCUCUAACACUGUUCAUAACAUAAUAAAUACAAUUACAUUCAUACUUUGUGAUUUUGAAGGUCUUCUGGGCGGCGCAGACAUGUGGCACCUCUUUGGUUUUACUCUCUCACCUGAAUCUGGACACAGAGGAUAAACAUGAUGUCCUUACAGAUCUUCAGGGACUUUGUUGGUCUGACUGCUGACUGAGUCAAAAUGAAAGUUGGUUUCUCUAUUCCAGCUGGUGUCCGUCACCGUCCUCUUCCUCUUGGCUCCUCAGCUGAUCAGCAGUCAGCUCCUCCUGCCACUCGACUGUAGUGACAUCUAUAAUAAUGACAACAGCCUGCCCAGUGGAGUGUACACCAUCUAUCCUUUAGGAUCCAUGUCUGCUGUCCAGGUAAGCUUUUUUUCUGCAGUCGAGGUGCUGACACAGGUCACUUUGUUUGGUAUCAUGGGUUUACUUGUCUGUGUGUGUUUAGGUGUACUGUGACAUGGACUCAGAGGGAGGACGCUGGACGGUGAGUAUUUAACCAAAAUAGCGAUGUCAGUUGUCUCGUGUGUCAGCUGACUGACCUCCACCUUGUUCCUCAGGUGUUCCAGAAGAGGAUGGAUGGCUCUGUGAACUUCUACAGACCCUGGGAUCACUACAAGAUUGGCUUUGGGACUGCUGCUGGAGAGUACUGGCUCGGUGAGAAAGGACACUAAGAUACCAUGUGAACGUUUAUGAAGUCUCGUAGAUAUGGUGCUGAAGGUUUCUUGAUGUAUUUGGUCCCUCUGAGGUCUGGAGAAUGUCUUCCACCUGACUCUGAGGAAAAAGUACGAGCUGCUGGUGGAUAUGGAGGACUUCAGUGGAAACAAAGUGUUUGCUCGUUACCAGUAGGGGUUCUAGGCACGGGCGAACAGGGCAGCCGCCCGGGGCGGCAUUUGUGUCAUGACUCAUGGGGGGCGGCACGAGCACUUCCAAAAAAAUAAAAUAAAAGAUAAUAAUAAUAAAUCUUAACCGCAAAGCGGUUUUGUAUUAACUCUUGUUGUCAAAUUGGCGCUCCCCCGCUGCUGUAGGCGCCCCUGCUUGCUCCGGAGGUGCUGCACAGAGGCUGACAGAUUGUAUGAGACGAGGCGGGGAAAGAGUCGCGGGGGGACAGCUCUGCUCUGCUCUACGCAUGUCAGCAUAUCAGCGGGAGCGCGGAUACGUCAUUUUGUAGUUUUUUAAUCAUUUCUGGAGUCGUGGUGAAUGAAAUCACCGUACCCGUCUGCCUCUGAUAGACGAAUAAAGCGCUCGGGUUCAUGCUCGGAUCUUGCUACGUGCUUGAUGAGCUUCAUGAGUGAAGUAAACAAUGAUGGAGGCAGGGAGCAGCUUCAGAGGAGAAACAUCCAGCAGUGUGAACAACCUCUUCAUAGGGAGUGCUUUGGCUCACACUAUCAGCGUUUUCUCUGAGUGUUGCAUGACUUUGGGUGAGAACAGAGAUGAACACACUGUCAGCCACGUAUUUAUUUAUUCAUUUUUUAGUUUUUAGUUCUGCUUUUGUACUGGCACUAUACUGGGGCGGCUGUAUACCCUUUCAACACCUUAUUUUCUAUAUUUACAUUUGUAUUGAAUGGACACUUUAUCAUGACUGCCACUUGUUUUACAGAAAACAAAUUAUUUGUCAUUCUCCAGUGCAGAGCCUUUACUUUUAUUUAUACAGGCGCUUUAUUUCGUUUAAGUUUGUUUGUUCAAGGUUUUCAAAAAUGUGAUUAAAGGUUCGCAAAACUAAAAGAGAGCUUUCUUGAAAGCCACAUGUUUAAGCUCUCAAAUACUUUUUGAAUUUUGUUUCUAUCAACUACAGAGUCAGAGAUAGCAGCUUUUUUGUAAACCUCAACACUUCAGAAAACCUCAGGAUCUGGGGGCCCUUCUCAAAAUGGCCCUCAGGAUUGUGUUUUUUUCUAUUGAAGGAUUUCUGCAAUUGAGAAAUAUUUUAUUUUUGUUGUUAAUAAUAAUGUGUGUGUGUGUGUGUGUGGGGGGGGGGGGGGGGGGGGGCACUUGGAGGGGUGCUCGCCCGGGGAGUAAUUUGGUCUAGAACCGCCACUGCUCGUUACUCUUCCUUUUCUAUCGACCCAGAGACCUAUGGAUACAGACUGCAAGUAUCUGGGUUCAUAGAUGGAGGGGCAGGUCAGUCAAGGUCUGUUUUGUUGAUACAAUCACCUUCACAGAUGGUAGUUGAGGAUCAGGUGAACAGCCAUGCUAAUGACUGAGAAAAUGUGCAAAAUUUGAGCAUAAUGUUACUAGAGUUAUGUUUCUAUAGGAGACUCCCUGAGGGUUCACAACGGACAGAAGUUCUCCACCUUCGACAAAGACCAGGACACCUGGCCCAACAACUGCGCCAAACAAUUUUUGGGGGCAUUCUGGUACAUCAAUUGUCUUGAUGCAAAUCCAAACGGGGUUUAUCGCUGGGGGGCUGAUGCCACUCUCAAUGCUGUUGGAGUGGAGUGGGAAACAUGGAAAGGCUACAACUACUCUCUGAAGAGCAUCAGCAUGAAGAUCCGUCCUGUGCAGUAGUUAUCCAGGCUGAACCAAACCUGUGGUUGAUCAGCCUUGAAUCACUUUUGACCUCCAGAGGGAAAAAUAAAAAGCUCUCAGACUGUGUGAAACCAGCUGCACUAGGAGACCAAAACCAUGGUCAAUGGGUUCCUCAAACAAGUUCUGUUGGAGUUUGAAACCCUGAUGUGAUAAUUAAUGAGCAGCUGAACAAAGUCUGUACUGUGUCCACUGUCUUUAUCUGAUGAACCAAAUCUAUUACAACUCUUGGCCGUUUCAUAUCCUGUUUCUGUAAAAUUUAGAAACAGGUGUACGGGUUCUGGAACAAUAUAAGGUGCUUUUUGACUGCAGGAACUUUUCCCCAGGAAGUAGGGACCUUCGGAGAAACUCUGGGUUUCCACAGAAAGAACAAGAGUCCAAAGUUUACAGUAUCUUGCAAUCCAGUGACACACCCAGAGACUCGAGGACACAUGGUUUUCAGAUUGGUCAGUUAAAUGUGAAACAGCAGCCAGUCAGUUAUUGAUUAAUAUUCAACACAGAUAAUCAAAUGAAUAAAUACAGCUCACUAAAGUUCAGACACAUCAGAGGGUUCAGAUUCUGGUCCUGAGCUUCGUCAGCCAUCAUCAAACAGAUCAGAGCAUUUAAACUCGUUGUUGGGUUACUUGCAUGAACAAUUGUAAUAUCGAACACAUUAGCUCCUUCCCUCAAAUAUAAGUUGUUUAACUUAAGACUAAUGUUAGCCUGAUAAAUAUAAAAACUCAGACUCUCUCUAACACUGUUCAUAACAUAAUAAAUACAAUUACAUUCAUACUUUGUGAUUUUGAAGGUCUUCUGGGCGGCGCAGACAUGUGGCACCUCUUUGGUUUUACUCUCUCACCUGAAUCUGGACACAGAGGAUAAACAUGAUGUCCUUACAGAUCUUCAGGGACUUUGUUGGUCUGACUGCUGACUGAGUCAAAAUGAAAGUUGGUUUCUAUAUUCCAGCUGGUGUCCGUCACCAUCCUCUUCCUCUUGGCUCCUCAGCUGAUCAGCAGUCAGCUCCUCCUGCCACUCGACUGUAGUGACAUCUAUAAUAAUGACAACAGCCUGUCCAGUGGAGUGUACACCAUCUAUCCUUUAGGAUCCAUGUCUGCUGUUCAGGUAAGCUUUUUUUCUGCAGUCGAGAUGCUGACACGGGUCACUUUGUUUGGUAUCAUGGGUUUACUUGUCUGUGUGUGUUUAGGUGUACUGUGACAUGGACUCAGAGGGAGGACGCUGGACGGUGAGUAUUUAACCAAAAUAGUGAUGUCAGUUGUCUCGUGUGUCAGCUGACUGACCUCCACCUUGUUCCUCAGGUGUUCCAGAGGAGGAUGGAUGGCUCUGUGAACUUCUACAGACCCUGGGAUCACUACAAGAUUGGCUUUGGGACUGCUGCUGGAGAGUACUGGCUCGGUGAGAAAGGACACUAAGAUACCAUGUGAACGUUUAUGAAGUCUCAUAGAUAUGGUGCUGAAGGUUUCUUGAUGUAUUUGGUCCCUCUGAGGUCUGGAGAAUGUCUUCCACCUGACUCUGAGGAAAAAGUACGAGCUGCUGGUGGAUAUGGAGGACUUCAGUGGAAACAAAGUGUUUGCUCGUUACUCUUCCUUUUCCAUCGACCCAGAGACCUAUGGAUACAGACUGCAAGUAUCUGGGUUCAUAGAUGGAGGGGCAGGUCAGUCAAGGUCUGUUUUGUUGAUACAAUCACCUUCACAGAUGGUAUUUGAGGAUCAGGUGGACAGCCAGGCUAAUGACUGAGAAAAUGUGCAAAAUUUGAGCAUAAUGUUACUAGAGUUAUGUUUCUAUAGGAGACUCCCUGAGGGUUCACAACGGACAGAAGUUCUCCACCUUCGACAAAGACCAGGACACCUGGCCCAACAACUGCGCCAAACAAUUUUUGGGGGCAUUCUGGUACAUAAAUUGUCUUGAUGCAAAUCCAAACGGGGUUUAUCGCUGGGGGGCUGAUGCCACUCUCAAUGCUGUUGGAGUGGAGUGGGAAACGUGGAAAGGCAACAACUACUCUCUGAAGAGCAUCAGCAUGAAGAUCCGUCCUGUGCAGUAGUUAUCCAGGCUGAACCAAACCUGUGGUUGAUCAGCCUUGAAUCACUUUUGACCUCCAGAGGGAAAAAUAAAAAAGCUCUCAGACUGUAUGAAACCAGCUGCACUAGGAGACCAAAACUAUGGUCAAUGGGUUCCUCAAACAAGUUCUGUUAGAGUUUGAAACCCUGAUGUGAUAAUAAAUGAGCAGCUGAACAAAGUC